CGCUGUGUCCCAGUUUAUAGCACAUUUUCUCGCGGUUUUCUGAGCUGAAAGGUUGAAGGAGGCUGAAGGAUGUCUGGACGAGGAAAAGGCGGAAAGGGUUUGGGAAAAGGGGGCGCUAAGCGUCACCGCAAAGUCUUACGAGAUAACAUCCAAGGCAUUACCAAGCCUGCUAUCCGCCGUUUGGCUCGUCGUGGCGGAGUGAAGCGUAUCUCUGGCUUGAUCUACGAGGAGACUCGCGGGGUGCUGAAAGUCUUUCUGGAAAACGUCAUCCGCGAUGCCGUGACUUACACCGAGCACGCCAAGAGAAAGACAGUGACAGCCAUGGAUGUGGUCUAUGCCUUAAAACGCCAAGGCCGUACCCUGUACGGAUUCGGUGGUUAAACACGAGCUUUUCAAAAUAAAACAAAAGGCCCUUUUAAGGGCCACCCA